AUGUCUGACUGGAUGUUCUUGUACGGCAAGGCGAUAGUCUCAAUUAUCAGCAAAGGGCACUCGCGGGGGAGUCUGGCUUCUGAGGCUGAAGUAGGUCCUCAACCCGUCCAUCAGUCGCCAGGCGCACCUCUGACCUGGGUCCUCACCCUAGCGACGCAAUCAUUCAACACCGGUGACGAUCUGCCAGUCAUUCAAAAGAACCUCAGCGCCCGGGUCGUCGAGUCGGGCAUCCCCAGAGAUGACGACCUCGUGUCUGUCGUCGACGGCCAUCUGACGGGCACCCGCAUUCGCAUCACACUAUCAAUUAGUGCAACGCCUUGCAGUUCAUGCUUCGGGAAGAUUACCAAUACUUUAAACGACCAACCGUGGGUGCAGUCGGCCGAUGUCAAUCUACUGGCUAGUAGCGAUUCUCCUGGACCAAUCGCGUAUCUCCUGCCCAAGAGGCAAUCGAACCCGUCGACGUUGGCUGACAUAUGGCGAGUCUCCUAUUUUAUCAGGGCCAUUACCUGCAGCUCCUGCGUUGGGACAGUUACAGACACGCUCAUCCGUAAUAAAUGGAUCACAAAACUGGACGAGAAUAUUGUGCCAGAGAAUGCGACGGUAGAACUGCAAGGGAAGGAGCAUCUGGAAGAGGUCGUCGCCCUUAUCAGCGAAAUGGGCUACGCCGCUACACUCGGCGAGGUCGAGCGAAGCGCCCCAUCCGAGUAA